AUGGGGCUGAAUCGAGACCCGUCUCAUUGGAAUAUCUCGCCAAUUGAGAAGAAGUUUCGCAUUCGAAUUUGGUGGCUGGUUGUUAUACAUGAUCGAUGGUGCAGUUUGGCAUAUGGAACACCGUUGCAAAUUCAUCGUGCGCAAUAUGAUGUGCCAUUCCCAACAAUAGGUGACCUCAGCUCCUCAGACGCAUCGACAUCCCAGAUUGCAGCCGCUUCAAUAUUCGUCGCAUUGACUAGUUUGACCGAAGUACUAAGCUGCUACCUGGAACAUGUGUACAGCGUAUCCAAAGACUUCACACUGGAAAAGUCGGCUGCUGAGUUAGAGCAGCACUUUAGCGAAUGGAGAGAGUCACUAAGUGACGAUAUCCGCCUCCUCCUUUUGCGAGGAGCGCAUCUUCACGCCCCAGGGGCAGCAAACUUCCGGCUGGCAUAUCUCUCAGUCGAGCUUCUUCUACGGCGUAUCCAACUGGAUCUCGACAAGAGCUCCUCUCAAUCUGACGAAGAAACAGUUUCCCCUUUUUAUAUGCAAGCACGGCGUGCGGCAGAGGACAUCGUGCUUUUCAUGCAGGAGUUGGAUGAAUCGCUUUUGAAUGGGUUUUGGAUUCCCGUCAAUGCCUUCUCGCUCACCUCCUCUACUACAUUUCUGUUACGAAGUGCUUUGCGAAUGAAAACUUCGAAUAGUCGCAAUGGGCCUCUCAGAAUGGCCAAGGAUAUGGUCGAUGCACUUCAUACUUAUCAGCAGGACUUUUCUUGGGAUCUUGCAGAUCAUUGUCUGGCAAAUUGUGGGGAUUUGGUCGAAAAGAUCAGUUCUGUUGAGGCGUCUGGGGGAGAUGCUUGGAGUCCUGGGUUUCCUGUGUUUUCGGAGUACCUGGAUUUAGAUGCUUCGGUUUUGGAUGAGCUGUUUACGGGGUUUCCACUUGAGAUGUAG